CGGGAAAGGAAAGAGUUUUUAAAAAAGUGAGUGAUAUAACGAUCGUCAGCAUGAGUGUGUAUUACGCGGACUACCACCACCACCAAACAGCGGGGAUGAGCAGCCGAGCGCCCGGCGAGAGCUGGAUCGCCAACGCCGCGGCGAGCCGGGCUCCCGUCGAUGCCUCGCCCAUCCUCACCCCGCUCAACGAGCUCACACCGUCAUCAGGACACCACCAAAACUCACAACACUUUUCCCAAAGCAACCUCGACAGUACUUUCCCAUUUUUCAUGCCUCACCAGUUUUACCCUCACCACACGUCCGACUCGUACCCCGCCCCAUCGGGGAAGUCAUUUAGCUCCUGCAGUCUCGGGUCGUCAACCGCAUCAUCUGCCGCCGCUCAACACGCCGUCGUCACCCCGUACUCCUCGACGCUCUUCGACCCGUGCAAACCAAACGAUCUCAGUUCCUCAUACCUCACCUUCAAGGCAACAGACUAUCACAAACAGGACCUUGAUGCUUCGGCGGCAGACAGGGAGAUUCGAGAUCUAUCAGCAGUGAGAUGUAAUAAGGAGCAAGAUGGUGAGAAGAUGGCAUUCUACCCCUGGAUGAAAAGCAUCAGUCCUACAUCUGACGGCAAGAGAGGGCGGCAGACAUACACGCGACAACAGACGCUGGAGCUGGAGAAGGAGUUCCACUUCAGCCGUUACGUCACGCGACGACGUCGCUUCGAGAUCGCCCAGAGUCUGGGACUCAGCGAACGACAGAUCAAGAUCUGGUUCCAGAACAGGAGAAUGAAAUGGAAGAGGGAACACGGGUCCAACUGCAGCAUGACGAACCAGCAGGAUCAAAUGCCCAGCAUGGCCGACUUUAUCGGCUCGUAGUCUUUGACCUAUUAAAAGUGACGUCGAAAGCCAAAAAUGAACAGUGGACUUUUAAAAAAGAACUACAUGUACAUGGAACUAAGUGAAAUACUUUAUAAACUUUAACUGAUUUUUACCAUGUGAAUACAGUGAAGGUCAUUUUUUCCUUCGAGAAAAAAAAA